AUGGCUCAAACCGAAUCAAAGGAGGUGCUUGAAAACACUGAAGUAAUAAUCUCCAUUUUGAAACGAAAGAAGAAGACUGCUCCACAACUAUUCCGAAGGCGUCUUGCCACAUUUCUGACUUAUGUUAUUCCCGUGAAUUUGUUGGAUUUGAUCGUUUUUGCGGAUGCGCUAGCACUGUUGGUCAAUUGGUGUAUUAGUGCGAAGGAAUCAUGGACUUAUGCAGAAUCAACAUCGUUGAAUAUUUUUCUCUACGAUGCUUCGGUACUUGAAGAUGCGGUACGUUGUUCUGUACAAACUGUUUCGCCACUGUGCUCGAAAGUCUAUCUUUUAUUUUUUCUCUAUCACUCUGCCGUAAUUCCCAACUUCGGAGCAGUUACAUCACAAGCACCUUUUUCGAGCAGUACUAUGAGCAGGAAACAUUCCAGGUUUUAA